AUGCCUAACAACGGCCAGCCGAACCCCAAAGCCGGCUGGGCAUUCGUCCACGGCCCGGGCCUCCAAGGCCAGCCCGCCCGGGUGGAGCAGCGGGGUCCAUUCGGCGACGAGGGCGCCCAGACCAGCAAUAACGCCGAACUCCGCGCCGUCAUCGGCGCGCUGCGGUUCCGGCACUGGCCCGGAGAGGGCUUCCGCACCGUCAAUGGGUGGAAGACCAGUAGCGGCAAGAACGGCAAGACGAACGUCAAGAAUAGGGACUUGUGGGAGAUGCUGCUAGGCGAGGUCGAGCGACGGGAGGAGCAGGGCCUCAAGAUUCAGUUUUGGCGCAUACCGAGGGAGUGGAAUGGUGUUGCUGACGCGGCGGCCAAGAAGGCUUCGGCGGAGGACGAGGCCCCUGGUCAGUGGGAGGAGAUGAUGGGUCUCUGUAUCUGA